UAGCUGAGCUAUGCAGUUGGAACAUUGCCUCUCUCCCUCUGUCAUGCUCUCUAAGAAAUUCCUCAGUGUGAGCAGUAGUACUUUCCCCCAUCCUGGUGGAUCUGAGCUAGCUUUACAUGAUCAUCCCAUUAUCUCCACUGCUGACAGCCUGGAGAGAGGUUCAUCUCUGAAAAAAACUACCAGAGGGAUGACGAAUCAGUCAGAAGCAGACAAUUUCUCUGAAUCCAAAGACUCACCAGGGGAUGGCCAGAGGAGUAAGCUGUCUCCUGUCUUGGAUGGGGUCUCUGAGAUUCGUCAUAAUUUCGAUGGAUCUACAGCAGAUCGCUAUCUCCUCCCUCAGACCAGUCAGUCACAGUCUGCAUCCUCUGCUUCUUCCACUAUGUUCCCCUAUCCCAGCCAGCAUGGACCAGCUCACCCAGCCUUCUCCAUUGGGAGCCCCAGCCGAUACAUGGCUCACCACCCAGUCAUCACCAAUGGAGCUUACAACAGCCUCCUGGGCAAUUCUUCCCCACAAGGAUACCCGGGCACAGGAUACCCCUACACCCAGCAGUAUGGCCACUCGUACCAGGGGCCCCCUUUCUACCAGUUCUCUGCACCCCAGCCUGGCCUGGUACCUGGAAAAGCUCAGGUCUACCUCUGCAACAGGCCACUCUGGCUCAAAUUCCACAGGCACCAAACUGAGAUGAUCAUCACCAAACAAGGCAGACGCAUGUUCCCUUUCCUAAGUUUUAAUAUCUCCGGACUGGACCCCACUGCACAUUAUAAUAUUUUUGUGGAUGUUAUCCUGGCUGACCCAAAUCACUGGCGAUUCCAAGGUGGGAAGUGGGUUCCUUGUGGCAAAGCGGACACCAAUGUGCAAGGUAACAGGGUCUACAUGCACCCGGAUUCCCCAAAUACUGGAGCCCACUGGAUGAGACAGGAAAUCUCAUUUGGGAAAAUGAAAUUAACGAAUAACAAAGGCGCCUCUAAUAAUACUGGGCAGAUGGUGGUCUUGCAAUCCCUACACAAGUACCAGCCCCGGCUACAUGUGGUUGAAGUGAACGAAGAUGGCACAGAAGACACGACACAGCCUGGAAGAGUUCAGACCUUUACAUUCCCAGAGACCCAGUUUAUUGCAGUCACAGCCUACCAGAACACUGAUAUCACACAGCUAAAAAUUGAUCACAAUCCAUUUGCAAAAGGAUUUCGGGACAAUUAUGACACGAUCUACACUGGAUGUGACCUGGACCGCCUCACUCCAUCCCCCAAUGACUCCCCGCGGUCCCAGAUUGUACCCGGUGCUCGAUACUCCAUGGCCACUUCCUUCCUGCAGGACCAGUUUGUUAGUAACUACGCGAAAUCCCGUUUCCAUCCUCCAGGCUCCGUGCCUGGGCCAGGAAGUGACCGCAGUGUCCCUCACACAAAUGGCUUGCUGUCCCCACAACAAGAAGACCCAAGUGCCCCUUCUCCACAACGCUGGUUUGUAACCCCGGCCAACAACCGCUUGGACUUUACUACCGCCUCUGCCUACGAUACGGCAACAGACUUCGCUGGCAACGCGGCCACCCUCCUAUCAUACGCGGCCGCAGGCGUGAAAGCCCUGCCCCUGCCGAGCGCUGGCUGCGCUGCCCGCCCCCUAGGAUACUACAGCGACCCAACUGGCUGGGGAGCGCGGAGCCCUCCGCAAUACUGCACCAAAUCUGGUUCUGUGCUCUCCUGCUGGGCCUCGUCAGGUAGGGUGGGAGCUGCCAACCCCUAUUUAGCAGCUAGCGGAGAAGCUGACAGUUUGACUGCAGACAGGUCUCCUCUGGGGGAGGACACAAAACCCAAAGACCUGUCUGACUCCAGUUGGAUCGAGACACCUCCUUCCAUCAAGUCCAUGGACUCUUCUGACUCCGGGAUUUAUGAACAGGUCAAGAGAAGAAGACUCUCCCCCUCUAACCCUACAGUGUCAGACAGCUCCUCUCCCCUCAAAAGUGAGGUGCUGCCCUCUAGAGACUGUGAGAAGAACUGUGCCAAGGACUUAGGUUAUUAUGGCUUUUAUACCCACACCUAAACUUUAUCACCCACACCCUGAAAUUCAACUAGCAAGGCAGAAUACCUGGAGGACAAUCACUCUGAUCAUGUUCAUUAUAUGUGGUGCCCGGGGAUCUGCAAUCACAGCACUGACAUUUUAUAUGAGUAUGAGGUUUGCAUAGCUUCACCCCUCUAUAGCACCCCCUUUACUGUCCAUCUGUGGGGCUACCAGGACACUCAUAAACUCUCUGUAGCCUCCUUACUGGAUUCACAGCACUGACACCUUCCUUCACUUGAGCCACGUGUCUGUUCACCCCCUUCAUUCUCUUCCCUUAAACAACUACACAGUGAUCUUGGCACCACAAAGGUCAUACUGGCGACUGUUAGGCGACAGGGAUGGCGACCAGAGAACAAGCAGCAUAGUCAGCAGUGCAGCUUUUGUGACCAGCACUUCCACGGUUUUUUCAGAGUAUAUGCCUCUUUGUAGCAGUCUUGAAUGGAUCCUAAGCUAAAAUCCAUACAGAAUCUCUUCCCAAGGUCAUGACUUUCCAUGGUAGAUUGCAAAGAAGGUAUAAAUGACUGUACGCUUGGGGCAGUCGCCACUCACCAGAACAGUUCGCUCUAGUAAGCUUUCAAGUUAAGUUUUGAUAAUUUUAACACAGAAAGAGAUCAGAAACGCUUACAAUGCUCGCAGACCACUGGAUAAA